CUCUCCAGAAGGUAUGACAUCAACAGUAAUAAUGAAGGCACCUCAUCAACGGGGCUAUAUAAGCACUUUGAGUCCAGCGCUUCCAUCUAAUAGGAGCUCACCCCCACAAACAGACCACUUCCCCUUGUGGUGCUGGAAGCCUGCGCCAGAUGAAGGUCAACAUGCGCGGUCUGGACCGUAGAAACGUGCUCAUUUCGCUCUGCAUCGUGCACCUCCUCGCGCUCAGUGAGGGGCGCCCCGUCAGGAAGAGGGCCGUGAGCGAGGUGCAGCUCAUGCACGACCUCGGGGCGCUGAAGCAGGCGCGGGAGCGUCGCCAGUGGCUGCAGAGGAGGCUCCAGGGGGCCCACGCGGGCCUGACGUGGGGCGGCGCGGGGGAGGCGGGCCGGGCGGGCAGGAGAGAGCGGCCCGAGGAGCCGCCGGAGCUGAGCGGCAUGACGCCGGAGGAGAUCCAGCUCGCGUUGAACUUGCUGGAAAGGCUCCUCAAGUCGAAGCCGUCCUGAUUUUGGUUGAUUUGAUGACGUCUUCGAUGUUCGCGGCAACUUUGCAGCGCUGAAUUUUAAGCAACCCUCUAUUUUUUCUAUUUAAUUAUUUGUUGUUUAUAACUAGUUGUUCUUGUGGGUGUUUCAUCGGGAUGUAUUUUAAUUGUAUUUGUUUGACAUAAUCUAUAUUAUUACAUACUUUUAUUUAUUAAAUUGAUAUUUAUGGAUUUAACGAAGGGAAACUUCCCCAUUGUGUAAAUGCACUUUUAUUUAACAAGUGUUGUUUUACUUGCUUACUUCCCCAGACUGAAGGUGAUAAAGAGAUGGACCAACAGUGUUUUGUAUAUUUUUUAUUUUUGUAGGCAUGUUUAAUAUGAAAAUAUAAUUUUUAAAACGAA